UUGAGGACUGGACAGACUGUGAGACAAAGCCUACAUGUGAGAAAGUGCAAAAACACCAAGACCAGACAACACAAACCCGUCCAGAUAAUGAACACUUUCAUGAAGUGGACGUCAUUCUGGAUACAGAAACAGCUCACCCCAACCUUGAAAUGGAUGAAAAAACGGUGAGGUGGAGAAACCAGCGCCCAACGACAACCACCAACAAAGGUGACCAGAGGUUUAACGACGAGCCCUAUGUGUUGGGCGGUAUCCAGCGAUGUUGCCAGGCCUACUGGAAGGUGUCGGUGGAGGGCAAAGAUGACUGGCUCCUGGGGGCUGCCCUUCCAGAUGUGGAUAGAAAGGGACAGUUGCUUCUCAGUCCUGAAAAAGGAUUCUGGGUAAUCAUCCUGGCCAACGGCACAAACCUCACAGCAAUGAAUGAUUGUGAAGAGGUGCUAGAUAAAUCCAUGCCAAAGAUAGUUGGUAUCCACGUUGACUAUGUGAAAAAAAGUGUGACUUUCUAUGAUGAAGGGGAAGAUGACAGGUCACAGAUAUACAAAUUCCACAACGGGCCCAAAAUAGACGAAUGGGUUUCACCAAUAUUUUCACCAUGGAACAAUGAUGAAAAACCGAUCGCUAUUUUGCCCAUCUUGAAUAGGAAUGAAAAUAGUUAAUGAUAAGAAGAGAGCCCUCCAAAUCGUUUUUUGUUUUUUUUAAAAAAAUGUAAAUUUCAAUGGAAAAAAAUCAAACGGGAAUUUGUUGAAAAAAAAUAUGUGAAUUUCCAAGUAUAGGAAUGGUUGGCUACAUGCAAAGUACUGGGAACAUGAUUAACAGUUUUAAUCAGUUGCUUAAAUGCAGUCCUCGCUACAUCUCAGAACAAACCCCCACACCCUGAACCCCCCUUUCUCCCCAGUUGUACUUGGCCAAUUACCCCACUCUUCCGAGCUGUCCCGGUCGCUGCUCCACCCCCUCUGCCGAUCCGGGGAGGGCUGCAGACUACCACAUGCCUCCUCUGAUACAUGUGGAGUCGCCAGCCGCUUCUUUUGACCUGACAGUGAGGAGUUCCCCCCCGAACAGGCGCCCCGAUCGACCAGAGGAGGCGCUAGUGCAGCGACCAGGACACAAACCCACAUCCGGCUUUACACCCGCAGACACGGCCAGUUGUGUCUGUAGGGACGCCCGACCAAGCCAGAGGUAUCACUGGGAUCCGAACCGGCGAUCCCCAUAUUGGUAGGCAACGGAAUUGACCGCCACGCCACCCAGAUGCCCCAACAAUCAGUUCUCUUAACCACAAUUAAAGUGUACACUGCAAGAUUACCAGCGAAUAGUGUUGCUGAAAAUGGAGCAAACACAAGCAGUUUUCCUUCAUGGGCAAGAUCUCGCGAGAGGAAAAUGUGUUUGAAUGCGUGAUGACAUGACAGGUUGCAAGAUGUGUUGUGUAAUGUAAUGUGCAAGUGUUGCACCCCUGUAAAGGGGAAUAAUAAAGGAAAAACACGAGACACGAUGUCG